AUGAAGGGGGAGAGUUUUGGUAUUGUUGGGUUGGGUUUUGGUUGUGGGGUGUGGGGGGGGUGUUGGGUGGUGGGGGUGUGGAUAAUAGACCUGGAGCAGGAGGCUCACAGCUGCAUGAAGACGCUGCUCUACAGUGACCCAGAGAAUCCAGAGAGACUCACCCUCCCAGACCAGACCCAGGUGGACAUCACCGUGGCGACCGUGGGCCUGGUACCUCUGUUUGGGACCCGUGAGUCGCUGAAGGUCCUGGCUCUGUUCUCUCCCUCUGAGCCCUUCACUCCUGUCGCUCUGCACCUCAGGCAGCGAUGGUGGGAGGUGGGGGAGGUGCUGAGGAGCGAGGGGAGAGACGGACUCCUGCAGGUGCAGACUCUCUGGGACCAGGUGGUGCUGUACGUGUUGAACCAUGUGUCUCUCUUUCAGGUGCAGACUCUCUGGGACCAGGUGGUGCUGUGCGUGUUGAACCAUGUGUCUCUCUCUCAGGUGCAGACUCUCUGGGACCAGGUGGUGCUGUGCGUGCUGAACCAUGUGUCUCUCUCUCAGGUGCAGACUCUCUGGGACCAGGUGGUGCUGUAUGUGCUGAACCAUGUGUCUCUCUCUCAGGUGCAGACUCUCUGGGACCAGGUGGUGCUGUGCGUGUUGAACCAUGUGUCUCUCUCUCAGGUGCAGACUCUCUGGGACCAGGUGGUGCUGUACGUGCUGAACCAUGUGUCUCUCUCUCAGGUGCAGACUCUCUGGGACCAGGUGGUGCUGUACGUGCUGAACCAUGUGUCUCUCUCUCAGGUGCAGACUCUCUGGGACCAGGUGGUGCUGUACGUGCUGAACCAUGUGUCUCUCUCACAGGUGCAGACUCUCUGGGACCAGGUGGUGCUGUACGUGCUGAACCAUGUGUCUCUCUCUCAGGUGCAGACUCUCUGGGACCAGGUGGUGCUGUACGUGCUGAACCAUGUGUCUCUCUCACAGGUGCAGACUCUCUGGGACCAGGUGGUGCUGUACGUGCUGAACCAUGUGUCUCUCUCUCAGGUGCAGACUCUCUGGGACCAGGUGGUGCUGUAUGUGUUGAACCAUGUGUCUCUCUCUCAGGUGCAGACUCUCUGGGACCAGGUGGUGCUGUGCGUGUUGAACCAUGUGUCUCUCUCUCAGGUGCAGACUCUCUGGGACCAGGUGGUGCUGUACGUGCUGAACCAUGUGUCUCUCUCUCAAGUGCAGACUCUCUGGGACCAGGUGGUGCUGUACGUGUUGAACCAUGUGUCUCUCUCACAGGUGCAGACUCUCUGGGACCAGGUGGUGCUGUACGUGUUGAACCAUGUGUCUCUCUCUCAGGUGCAGACUCUUUGGGACCAGGUGGUUCUGUACGUGCUGAACCAUGUGUCUCUCUCUCAGGUGCAGACUCUCUGGGACCAGGUGGUGCUGUGCGUGUUGAACCAUGUGUCUCUCUCUCAGGUGCAGACUCUCUGGGACCAGGUGGUGCUGUGCGUGCUGAACCAUGUGUCUCUCUCUCAGGUGCAGACUCUCUGGGACCAGGUGGUGCUGUAUGUGUUGAACCAUGUGUCUCUCUCUCAGGUGCAGACUCUCUGGGACCAGGUGGUGCUGUGCGUGUUGAACCAUGUGUCUCUCUCUCAGGUGCAGACUCUCUGGGACCAGGUGGUGCUGUACGUGCUGAACCAUGUGUCUCUCUCUCAAGUGCAGACUCUCUGGGACCAGGUGGUGCUGUACGUGUUGAACCAUGUGUCUCUCUCACAGGUGCAGACUCUCUGGGACCAGGUGGUGCUGUACGUGUUGAACCAUGUGUCUCUCUCUCAGGUGCAGACUCUUUGGGACCAGGUGGUUCUGUACGUGCUGAACCAUGUGUCUCUCUCUCAGGUGCAGACUCUCUGGGACCAGGUGGUGCUGUGCGUGUUGAACCAUGUGUCUCUCUCUCAGGUGCAGACUCUCUGGGACCAGGUGGUGCUGUGCGUGCUGAACCAUGUGUCUCUCUCUCAGGUGCAGACUCUCUGGGACCAGGUGGUGCUGUAUGUGCUGAACCAUGUGUCUCUCUCUCAGGUGCAGACUCUCUGGGACCAGGUGGUGCUGUGCGUGUUGAACCAUGUGUCUCUCUCUCAGGUGCAGACUCUCUGGGACCAGGUGGUGCUGUACGUGCUGAACCAUGUGUCUCUCUCUCAGGUGCAGACUCUCUGGGACCAGGUGGUGCUGUACGUGCUGAACCAUGUGUCUCUCUCUCAGGUGCAGACUCUCUGGGACCAGGUGGUGCUGUACGUGCUGAACCAUGUGUCUCUCUCACAGGUGCAGACUCUCUGGGACCAGGUGGUGCUGUACGUGCUGAACCAUGUGUCUCUCUCUCAGGUGCAGACUCUCUGGGACCAGGUGGUGCUGUACGUGCUGAACCAUGUGUCUCUCUCACAGGUGCAGACUCUCUGGGACCAGGUGGUGCUGUACGUGCUGAACCAUGUGUCUCUCUCUCAGGUGCAGACUCUCUGGGACCAGGUGGUGCUGUGCGUGUUGAACCAUGUGUCUCUCUCUCAGGUGCAGACUCUCUGGGACCAGGUGGUGCUGUACGUGUUGAACCAUGUGUCUCUCUCUCAGGUGCAGACUCUCUGGGACCAGGUGGUGCUGUACGUGCUGAACCAUGUGUCUCUCUCACAGGUGCAGACUCUCUGGGACCAGGUGGUGCUGUACGUGUUGAACCAUGUGUCUCUCUCACAGGUGCAGACUCUCUGGGACCAGGUGGUUCUGUACGUGUUGAACCGUGUGGUGUACAGAGUUCAGGAGAGAAACCCUGACGAGCUGCCGUUCCUCUGCCACGCUCACGACGCCUUCGCCAAGAUCCUGUGGAGCAACGGACACGCUGUGGGCUUCUACUCUGUCAGACCAGCAGGCAGUGCGUGUGGCGUGUUCUCCAGCCGCACCUUUCCUCUGCCGGUGCUGGACUCUCUGUUUGUGAGGAAGAGUCACCGCGGCAACGGUCUGGGUCUGAUGAUGCUCCAGGACUAUGUGGACAGCUUCAAAGAGGACCAGCUGGGCCUGCGAUACCCACUGACCACUACCAUGUACCGAGUGUGUCGUAGGUUCCUUCAGCUCUUUCCUGGAGACUCAGAUCUUCUGUGGGAGGUGGACAGCUCCAGACUGGACCAUCAAGUCUCCGUCGCCUCCAGGAUCCAAACCAUGAGUCUCACAGGGGGAUCUGUCAAUCACUCUCACAAGGACCAGGAGGAGGCGGUGGUCACGGUCACUAACGGCUCUGGACCCAAGGACACCGAGGAGAUCUCACCUGUCACUCAGAUACGCGAGGAGGUGACAUUAAAGAGAAUAAUGCGGGACACAGACCAGACUGAGGAUCUGCUCCAGGAGAAGACUGAAAAUGGGACGGACAUAGUUCUUACUGAGCUGGAGGACGAGGCCGUGUUUGAAGAAGUUUCGUCUUUGCUCCGGUCCGAGGAGGAGUCCGAGGUCAAGACUCUGAUCACGGUGGAAAACGUGGCCGCUCAGGUCGAGGACUCUCUCCCGUCUCCUGAACCCCUCACGGAAGAGAGAAGCCACAGCACAGAACCAGAGAGAGCCUUACGCAGCUGUAGAAACGUGGUCAACAUUCCUCAGCCUCCCUGCGACGUCAGCGAGACAUUGGAGCUCCAGAGAAGACCGCUCAGAGGCCAACACAGUUCAGCAACAACAAAACCCACAAGAGUCAGAAAAAGACAGAGCAAAGACGGAGCUGAGGAACCAGAACUGGGAGAAGAUACUGUGCACGAAGACGAUGAAGAGGUAGAAGGUGAAGAGGCCGAAGAGACAAGAGACGGGGAACCAUCUCCAGCUGUUGUGGAAACCGCCAAAGCAGAAGACACGGAACCUGUAGAGUCCCAGCCUGAAGCAGCGAUUGAACCAAGUGUGCAAGAAGCUGCUCCAACUCCCAGAGCCACCAGGAGUAGCAAGAUGACGAUUGAGAUUGUUGAAAUAACCACAAUAAAACGAGGAAGGAAGUCAACUGGAAGGAGACAAGUUUGUAGAACAGAAGCCACCGAGGAGGUCCAGAUAGAGACCUCUGAGCAAACAACUGUAGAAGAAGUGGAGAGGAUAUUACCAGUUCAAGAUGAGGACGAGGGAACUAGCAAAGAUGAUCCAGUCAAAGAUUCUGAAUCUGCAGAGGUGACAGAAACCAAGGACACAGGUUCAGAGGAGGUCAGCAAAGAUCAAGAACCUGCACUGAUGGAAGAAGACUCUCUGAACAAAGAGGAAGAAGAGAUUAAGACAGACACCACAGUGGAAGAAGCAGCAGUUGUAGAAAGUAGUCUCGCUGUAGAGGAGAGAGAGGAGGAGUCCAAACCUGAAACUGUGAUGGAACCAGACGAAACAGAUCUAGACAAAGAACCUGAAACAGAAUCUGCUUCAGAAGAAGUCACUGAAACAACACCAGUAGUAGAGACCCGAUCUUUAAGAAGUGGCCGCAAAAUUGUCACCUCUAAUCAGACAGUCCAACCAGAGACACAAGAAGAAGAACCAGAAAAGGUACUAGUCUCCACAGAGGAACAGUCUAAAGAAGCAGCAGAGCCUUCCUCUGAGGCUGUGGAAGAAGAUGAAGCCCAGAUUGGAUUAAAGGUCACAACAGAACUUCAGUCAGAUCCUACUCCAACCAAGGAUGAUGAAAAGACUCCAGAAGAAUGCCCACAAGAGACACCUGACUCAGCUGUUGUCACAGAAGAAGCUCCAUCUGUGGCUCCAACGGAGCAAGAAAACCUUUCAUCUGGUGAGACUGAAGAAGUGGUAGAAACCAGAACUCUGAGAAGUGGAGCCAGAACCUCCAGCACUGUUCUAACCCCAAGGACAACCAGAAGCAGUAAGCUGAAGACUGAGAUUGUUGAAACAACAACAUCAAAACAAGGAAGGAAGUCAACUGGAAGGAAAGGAUCAAGCAGAGCUAAAACACAAGAGAUUCAAACAUCUUCAGCUGAAGAUGAAGCCACAGAAGAGGUCCAGAUAGAGACCUCUGAGCAAACAACUGUAGAAGAAGUGGAGAAGGCAUUACCAGCUCAAGAUGUGGACGAGGGAACUAGCAAAGAUGAACCAGUCAAAGAUUCUGAAUCUACAGAGGUCACAGAAACCAAAGACACAGGUUCAGAGGAGGUCAGCAAAGAUCAAGAACCUGCACUGGUGGGAAAAGACUCUCUGAAAAAAGAGGAAGAAGAGAUUAAGACAGACACCACAGUGGAAGAAGCAGUUGUUGUAGAGAGUACUAAUGCUGAGGCUGUAGAAGAGGCAUCAUCUACAGCUGUUGAGGAAGCUGUUCUUCAAAGCACUGAAGCUGUGGACACAGAACAAACUGAGGCCCCUGUGGAGAUGGACAAAGAGUCUCAGCCUGAACCUGUGAAGGAACCAACUGUAGAAGAAGCAGACCUAGACAAAGAGCCUGAACCAGAAUCUUCUCCAGAAGAAGUCACUGAAGCAACACCAGUGGUAGAGACAGUCCAACCAGAAACACAAAAAGAAGAACCAGAAAAGGUACUAGUCUCCACAGAGGAACAGUCUAAAGAAGCAGCAGAGCCUUCCUCUGAGGCUGUGGAAGAAGAUGAAGCCCAGAUUGAAUUAAAGGUCACAACAGAACUUCUGUCAGAUCCUACUCCAACCAAGGAUGAUGAAAAGACUCCAGAAGAAUGUCCACAAGAGACACCUGACUCAGCUGUUGUCACAGAAGAAGCUCCAUCUGUGGCUCCAACGGAGCAAGAAAACCUUUCAUCUGGUGAGACUGAAGAAGUGGUAGAAACCAGAACUCUGAGAAGUGGAGCCAGAACCUCCAGCACUGUUCUAACCCCAAGGACCACCAGAAGCAGUAAGCUGAAGACUGAGAUUGUUGAAACAACAACAACAAAACGAGGAAGGAAGUCAACUGGAAGGAAAGGAGCAAGCAGAGCUAAAGCACAAGAAAUUCAAACAUCUUCAGCUGAAGAUGAAGCCAUAGAAGAGAUCCAGAUAGAGACCUCUGAGAAAACAACUGUAGAAGUGGUGGAGAAGGCAUUACCAGCUCGAGAUGUGGACGAGGGAACUAGCAAAGAUGAACCAGUCAAAGAUUCUGAAUCUACAGAGGUGACAAAAACCAAGGACACAGGUUCAGAGGAGGUCAGCAAAGAUCAAGAACCUGCACUGAUGGAAGAAGACUCUCUGAACAAAGAGGAAGAAGAGAUUAAGACAGACACCACAGUGGAAGAAGCAGCAGUUGGAGAAAGUACUAAUGCUGAGGCUGUAGAAGAGGCAUCAUCUACAGCUGUUGAGGAAGCUGUUCUUCAAAGCACUGAAGCUGUGGACACAGAACAAACUGAGGUCACUGUGGAGAUGGACAAAGAGUCUCAGCCUGAAACUGUGAAGGAACCAAAUGUAGAAGAAGCAGACCUAGACAAAGAGCCUGAACCAGAAUCUUCUCCAGAAGAAGUCACCGAAGCAACACCAGUAGUAGAGACAGUCCAACCAGAGACACCACCAGAAGAAGUAGAACAUGAACAAGACUCCUCAGAGGAACAAUCAGCAGAUCCUUCCUCUGCGGCUGUGGAAGAGGAUGCUCCUUCUGAAACAAGGAUUACUACAGAGGUUUCAUCGUGUGAAACUGAAGAAGUGGUAAAAACCAGAACUCUGAGAAGUGGAGCUAGAUCCUUCAGCACUGUUCUAACCCCAAGGACCACCAGAGGUAGUAAGCGGAAGACUGAGAUUGUUGAAACAACGACAAAACGAGGAAGGAAGUCAACUGGAAGGAAAGGAUCAAGCAGAGCUAAAACACAAGAUAUUCAAACAUCUUCAGCUGAAGAUGAAGCCACAGAAGAGGUCCAGAUAGAGACCUCUGAGCAAACAACUGUAGAAGAAGUGGAGAUGGCAUUAGCUCAAGAUGAAGACGAGGGAAGCAGCAAAGAUAAACCAGUCAAAGAUUCUGAAUCUGCAGAGGUCACAGAAACCAAGGACACAGGUUCAGAGGUCAGCAAAGAUCAAGAACCUGCACUGAUGCAAGAAGACUCUCUGAACAAAGAGGAAGAAGAGAUUAAGACAGACACCACAGUGGAAGAAGCAGCUGUUGGAGAAAGUACUAAUGCUGAGGCCGUAGAGGAGGCAUCAUCUACAGCUGUUGAGGAAGCUGUUCUUCAAAGCACUGAAGCUGUGGACACGGAACAAACUGAGGUCCCUGUGGAGAUGGACAAAGAGUCUCAGCCUGAACCUGUGAAGGAGCCAAAUGUAGAAGACGCAGACCUAGACAAAGAGCCUGAACCAGAAUCUUCUCCAGAAGAAGUCACUGAAGCAACACCAGUGGUAGAGACAGUCCAACCAGAAACACAAGAAGAAGAACUAGAAAAGGUACUAGUCUCCACAGAGGAACAGUCUAAAGAAGCAGCAGAGCCUUCCUCUGAGGCUGUGGAAGAAGAUGAAGCCCAGAUUGAAUUAAAGGUCACAACAGAACUUCAGUCAGAUCCUACUCCAACCAAGGAUGAUGAAAAGACUCCAGAAGAAUGUCCACAAGAGACACCUAACUCAGCUGUUGUCACAGAAGAAGCUCCAUCUGUGGCUCCAACGGAGCAAGGAGACCUUUCAUUUGCUGAGACUGAAGAAGUAGUAGAAACCAGAACUCUGAGAAGUGGAGCCAGAACCUCCAGCACUGUUCUAACCCCAAGGACCACCAGAAGCAGUAAGCUGAAGACUGAGAUUGUUGAAACCACAACAACGGCAAAACGAGGAAGGAAGUCAACUGGAAGGAAAGGAGCAAGCAGAGCUAAAGCACAAGAGAUUCAAACAUCUUCAGCUGAAGAUGAAGCCACAGAAGAGGUCCAGAUAGAGACCUCUGAGAAAACAACUGUAGAAGAAGUGGAGAUGGCAUUACCAGCUCGAGAUGUGGACGAGCGAACUAGCAAAGAUGAACCAGUCAAAGAUUCUGAAUCUACAGAGGUGACAGAAACCAAGGACACAGGUUCAGAGGAGGUCAGCAAAGAUCAAGAACCUGCACUGAUGGAAGAAGACUCUCUGAACAAAGAGGAAGAAGAGAUUAAGACAGACACCACAGUGGAAGAAGCAGCAGUUGGAGAAAGUACUAAUGCUGAGGCUGUAGAAGAGGCAUCCCCUACAGCUGUUGAGGAAGCUGUUCUUCAAAGCACUGAAGCUGUGGACACAGAACAAACUGAGGUCACUGUGGAGAUGGACAAAGAGUCUCAGCCUGAAACUGUGAAGGAACCAAAUGUAGAAGAAGCAGACCUAGACAAAGAGCCUGAACCAGAAUCUUCUCCAGAAGAAGUCACUGAAGCAACACCAGUAGUAGAGACAGUCCAACCAGAGACACCACCAGAAGAAGUAGAACAUGAACAAGACUCCUCAGAGGAACAAUCAGCAGAUCCUUCCUCUGCGGCUGUGGAAGAGGAUGCUCCUUCUGAAACAAGGAUUACUACAGAGGUUUCAUCUGGUGAAACUGAAGAAGUGGUAGAAACCAGAACUCUGAGAAGUGGAGCUAGAUCCUCCAGCACUGUUCUAACCCCAAGGACAACCAGAGGUAGUAAGCGGAAGACUGAGAUUGUUGAAACAACAACAACGACAAAACGAGGAAGGAAGUCAACUGGAAGGAAAGGAGCAAGCAGAGCUAAAACACAAGAGAUUCAAACAUCUUCAGCUGAAGAUGAAGCCACAGAAGAGGUCCAGAUAGAGACCUCUGAGCAAACAACUGUAGAAGAAGUGGAGAUGGCAUUAGCUCAAGAUGUGGACGAGGGAAGCAGCAAAGAUGAACCAGUCAAAGAUUCUGAAUCUACAGAGGUCACAGAAACCAAGGACACAGGUUCAGAGGAGGUCAGCAAAGAUCAAGAACCUGCACUGAUGGAAGAAGACUCUCUGAACAAAGAGGAAGAAGAGAUUAAGACAGACACCACAGUGGAAGAAGCAGCUGUUGGAGAAAGUACUAAUGCUGAGGCUGUAGAGGAGGCAUCAGAAGAACUGGAACCUGCUCCAGAGGAACUCCCUGAAACGGAAUCAAUACUCGAGAAUGACCAACCAGAGACACAAGGAGCAGAACACAAACUAGGCUCCUCAGAGGAACCAGCUGUGCCUUCCUCUGAGGCUGUGGAAGAGGAUGACCAACCUGAAACAAGGAUUACGACGGAGCUUCCACUUGAGCUUCCCAGGGUGACAGUUGUCUUGGUAGAUUUGAAUAAAGUACAGGUUGUAAAUUCCACUGCAAUCUCGGCUACAUCGCAGGUCCCUGAAGAUGUAGAAGAGGCUCAAAAGCUGGAGGAGGACACUUGUUCCGAAGGAGACCAAGGCACAGAUACAGAUCAACAAGAACCAGCUGAAGAGGAACAGGAUGUCACAGAGGAGGGGGAUCAGGAUCAUGCUGUGGCAAAUGAAGCAGAAGAUCACAUGCCUGAAGGAACAUCUCAGGUUUCAGUUUCAGACGAAGACGUUGAGGUACCAGCCACACCUUCAAAAAGAAGGAAACAGACGGUAAAGAAGACGCCAAGAAGGUCGUCACGUCGAAGACCUGAGGUUGACUACUGCGACAAUGAUCAGGAAUCGGAAUCUCUUGCAUCAGAGGACAUUGGCAUAAGUGUGCGAGAAGACCAGACGAGCGAGAAGGAAGCAGCAGAGGCUCGGAGCGAUGAGGAGUCCUCCCAAGGCAUCGUCCUGAGCCUCCGCUUGGACGAGGAGGAGGAGCAGGAGGCCACAGAAGACGAACUGGUCUUCAUCACAGAGAAGAACCUGAGGAGCAGGUCCAUCCCGUCCCUCGUCAUCAGUCCCCAGUCGAGAUCUGCUUCUCAGACCACAGAAGAAGUCGACGCGAAAGGAAGUCCGGAGCGGACGCCGAGACGGAAGAGGUCCAGCUCCAAACCAACCCCUCGCCGAGCUUCCAAACGCCAGCGGAAAUAG